AUGUCACUGGAAGCCCUGACCACUGAAGCGCUCGCUGCGAUUGCAGCAGCUCAAGACCUGACUACACUCGACCAAGUACGAGUGCAAUUUACAGGGAAAAAAAGCCAGCUUGCGGAACAAUCUAAGGCACUUGGCAAAAUGGACCCUGAAGAGCGUAAAGUUCAGGGUGCUGCAAUUCAUGCAGUACGUGAAGCGAUCAGUGCAGCGUUGACUGAACGCCAAACUGAAUUACAGAAAGCUGAAUUAGAAUUAAAGCUAGCAAGUGAAACAAUCGAUAUUACUUUGCCUGGACGUGGGCAAGCUGUAGGAAGUAUUCAUCCCGUUACUCAGGUUCAAGAACGUAUUUGUCAAUUCUUUACCAAAGCGGGUUUUACUGUUGCGACAGGGCCAGAAGUUGAAGAUGAUUAUCACAACUUUGAAGCAUUGAAUAUUCCAGGACAUCAUCCUGCACGUGCGAUGCAUGAUACUUUUUACUUUGAUGCAAACCAUUUGCUACGCACCCAUACCUCAGGUGUACAAGUACGCACAAUGGAAAACUCGCAACCACCGAUUCGUAUCGUUUGUCCGGGGCGUGUUUAUCGCUGUGAUUCAGAUCAAACCCAUUCUCCAAUGUUCCAUCAAAUCGAAGGUUUAUACGUUGCUGAAAAUACCAGCUUCGCAGAAUUAAAAGGUUUGUUGAUUAAUUUGCUAAAUGAAUUUUUUGAGAAAGAUUUGAAAGUACGCUUCCGCCCAUCUUAUUUCCCAUUCACUGAGCCAAGUGCUGAGGUGGAUAUUAUGGAUGAGCGUGGUCGUUGGUUAGAGGUUUUGGGUUGCGGUAUGGUGCAUCCAAAUGUUCUACAAGCUGCGGGUAUUGAUCCUGAAAAAUAUAAAGGCUUUGCAUUUGGUCUUGGUGUAGAGCGUUUCGCAAUGUUGCGUUAUGGCAUCAAUGAUUUGCGUAUGUUCUACCAAAACGAUGUGCAAAUGAAAAUUAGCGAAAAUUGGCUUCGCACAUGGGUCAACCCAGCAAUUGAUAGCGAUACCUUGUCUGAUCAACUGACCAUGUUGGGACUUGAGGUGGAUGAACUGGUUCCCGCAGCUAAACCAUUUACAGGUGUGGUGAUUGGUGAAGUUUUAACUGUUGUACAGCAUCCUGAUGCAGAUCGUUUACGUGUCACCACAGUGAAUAUUGGUUCGGGUGAACCUUUGCAAAUCGUAUGUGGUGCACCAAAUGUACGUGCUGGAAUGAAAGUGCCAGUUGCAACCAUUGGUGCAGUGCUUCCGGGCGAUUUUAAAAUUAAAAAAGGCAAACUUCGUGGUGUUGAAUCACAAGGGAUGCUCUGCGGCGCUUCAGAAAUUGACCUUGAAGAUAAAAUUGACGGUCUGUUAGAACUUCCUACUGAUGCGCCUGUAGGCACAAAUAUUCGAGAAUAUUUAAAUCUUGAUGAUCAUGUGAUUGAUAUCAGCAUCACGCCAAACCGUGGUGACUGUUUUAGUAUUCGUGGGGUGGCGCGUGAAAUUGGGGUAAUUAACCAAUUGCCUGUAACCGCACCUGAAAUUCAAGAGCUUGCGGCUACGAUUGCUGAUCAGAAGCAAGUUGUUGUGACAACGGAUGGUUGCCCUCGUUACUUAGGACGUGUAAUUAAAAAUGUAAAUACCAAAGCAGCUACACCUGCAUGGAUGGAGCAAGCUCUAGCACGUUCAGGUAUUCGUCAACACAGUAUUCUUGUUGAUAUUACCAACUAUGUGCUUAUGGAACUUGGUCAACCGUUACAUGCGUUUGAUGGUGGUCAGGUUCAAGGUUCAGUGCAUGUGCGUCAGGCAAGUGCAAAUGAAAAGCUUGUUUUGUUAAAUGAACAAGAAAUUGAAUUGACCGAAGAUGUUAUGGUGAUUGCAGAUGAUGUAAAAGCAUUGGCGAUCGCAGGCAUCAUGGGUGGUUUGUCCUCAUCUGUAACAGAUGAAACCACUGAGAUUUUCCUUGAAUCUGCAUUCUUUGCACCAUUACAUAUCGCAGGGCGCGCACGUCGUUAUGGUUUGCAUACAGAUGCGUCACAACGUUAUGAACGUGGUGUGGACUUUGAAUUGCCUAUGAUCGCAAUGCAACGCGCUUCACAAUUGAUUCAAACUCUUGCAGGUGGUGAUUUCGGUCCAAUUACCGUAUCUGAAAAAACUGAAUUGUUGCCUAAACGUGAAGCAAUUGAGUUGAAUCAAGCGCAAGUGGAUCAAUUGCUGGGUUAUCAAGUUCCUACUGCAUUUAUUACAAAUGCGCUGCAACGUUUAGGUUGUGAUGUGACUGUAAAAGCUGAAGGUGAAUGGACUGUUGUACCACCAUCACAUCGUUACGAUAUGGCAAUUUAUCAAGAUUUAAUUGAAGAAGUUGCGCGUAUACAUGGUUAUGACAAUAUUCAAAUUAGUCUGCCAGUGAUUGAUGUAAAACUUGCUAAACAUCAGGAUCAAUUUGAACUGACUCAGUUACGUCAAACUUUAGUAACACUGGGUUAUCAAGAGGCGAUUAGUUUUAGUUUUGCAGAUUUAAAACUUGAAAAACAAUUGAAUUCACAAGUAAAUCCAUUGGCGCUUGCAAAUCCGAUUUCAAGUGAUUUGGCGGUCAUGCGUUCAACUUUACUUUCAAGCUUAAUUCCGUGUGUUCAGUACAAUAUCAAUCGUCAACAAAGUCGUGUGCGUUUCUUUGAGCUAGGGCUACGUUUUGAUUAUCAAAACGCGAAAAGUAUAGAAGAUUUGAAACAGAUUCCAACUUUGGCUAUGAUUGCUGUAGGAUCAAAACAAAUUGAAUCUUGGCAUGGAAAAGCUCAAGUUAUGGAUUUCUUUGAUCUCAAAGGCGAGGUCGAAGAAAUUUUAGCAGCUGGACGUGUUCACGUUGAAUAUGUUCGUUCUGAUCGUGAAUGGUUACAUCCAGGUCAGUCUGCGGAAAUUCUCGUGGAUGGGAAAUCAGUAGGCUAUUUAGGUCGUCUACAUCCAUCUUUGGAAAAUGCACUGGAUUUGAGCACAACUUGGAUCGCAGAGCUCGACCAAUCGGCUGUUUUGCAAACUUAUAAUUAUCACGAUUUCCAUCGGUUAGACGUGAUAUUGCGCUUAUUAAUGUUAGUGAAAUUCAGCAACUUAUCGAAAAAACGGGUGGAGAGCUUUUGGACUCUACUUGGUUAUUUGAUGUGUAUACAGGGCAAGGUGUUGAACAAGGUAAGCGCUCUUUGGCAUUUGCAUUGUUAUGGCAACAUCCAUCACGUACACUCGAAGAUGCUGAGAUUAAAUCCGGUAUGGAUCAUAUUAUUCAAAAGACACUUAUCAAGCGACAUUGAGGGCCUCAUGACAGCAUUAACAAAAGCAGAAAUGGCUGAUCAUUUAAGUGAGCUUACGAGUUUAAACCGUCGUGAAGCAAAACAAAUGGUCGAGUUGUUCUUUGACGAGAUUAGCCAAGCAUUAAUUGCUGGCGAACAAGUCAAACUUUCAGGUUUCGGAAAUUUUGAACUACGUGACAAACGUCAACGUCCAGGUCGAAAUCCUAAAACUGGAGAAGAGAUUCCAAUCUCAGCACGUCGAGUUGUAACUUUCCGUGCAGGUCAAAAAUUUAGACAACGUGUGGGUACAGAACAAGAAGAUUAA